AAAACGUAGAUCCAAUAUGGCGCCGGCCGCAGCGUCACGCCAGUAAAACAGAUCCAGCAGCAGGGGUGCAGUCAGCUGACCACCGCCUGCUGUCACGCAUCGCAACCCGCUCAGUUCUGUCGAGGCAAGAACGGAUCCCCGAGUCAUUUCAUAAGUUCAGUCUGUCCUAGCCUGCAAAGAUGGACAUGUCCAAGCUGGCGAAGAUUCGGGAUGAGGAGAGGGAGAGCGAGUUUGGAUACGUCCAUGGAGUCUCCGGCCCUGUGGUGACGGCCACUGCCAUGGCGGGGGCGGCCAUGUACGAGCUGGUGCGCGUUGGCCACAGCGAGCUGGUGGGAGAGAUCAUCAGGCUGGAGGGGGACAUGGCCACCAUCCAGGUCUACGAGGAGACCUCCGGCGUGUCGGUGGGGGACCCCGUCCUGCGCACAGGGAAGCCUCUCUCUGUCGAACUGGGCCCCGGGAUUAUGGGCUCCAUCUUUGACGGCAUCCAGCGGCCCCUGAAGGACAUCAACGACAUCACCCAGAGCAUCUACAUCCCCCGCGGAGUCAACAUCGGAGCCCUGAACCGGGACUCCAAGUGGGAGUUCACGCCCAGCAAGAGCCUGCGGGCAGGCAGUCACAUCACCGGCGGGGACAUCUAUGGGGUGGUGUAUGAGAACUCCCUCAUCAAGCACAAGAUCAUGCUGCCCCCCAGGAACAGAGGCACCGUAACCUACGUGGCCCCCCCUGGGAACUACGACGUCUCUGACGUGGUGAUGGAGCUGGAAUUUGAGGGCGUGAAGGAGAAGUUCACCAUGGUGCAGGUGUGGCCUGUGAGACAGGUCCGGCCCGUCACCGAGAAGCUGCCCGCCAACCACCCCCUACUGACGGGCCAGAGGGUCCUGGACGCCCUCUUCCCGUGCGUGCAGGGUGGAACCACCGCCAUCCCCGGAGCCUUCGGCUGUGGUAAAACCGUCAUCUCCCAGUCCCUGUCCAAAUACUCCAACAGUGACGUCAUCAUCUACGUGGGCUGCGGGGAGCGCGGGAACGAGAUGUCGGAAGUCCUGCGAGACUUCCCAGAGCUUACCAUGGAGGUGGACGGGAAGACAGAAAGCAUCAUGAAGAGAACGGCGUUGGUGGCCAACACCUCCAACAUGCCUGUGGCGGCCAGAGAAGCCUCCAUUUACACAGGGAUCACCCUCUCCGAGUACUUCCGGGACAUGGGCUACCACGUGAGCAUGAUGGCCGACUCUACCUCCCGCUGGGCUGAGGCGCUCAGGGAGAUCUCAGGCCGACUGGCCGAGAUGCCUGCUGACAGCGGCUACCCUGCGUAUCUUGGCGCUCGGCUUGCCUCCUUCUACGAGCGUGCUGGCAGGGUGAAGUGUCUGGGCAACCCGGAGCGAGAGGGGAGCGUCAGUAUUGUCGGAGCUGUGUCGCCCCCUGGUGGAGACUUCUCAGACCCCGUGACUUCAGCCACACUGGGAAUCGUACAGGUGUUCUGGGGUCUGGACAAGAAGCUGGCCCAGAGGAAGCACUUCCCCUCGGUCAACUGGCUGAUCAGCUACAGCAAGUACACGCGUGCGCUCGACGAGUACUACGACAAGCACUUCCCAGAGUUCGUGCCGCUGCGCACCAAGGCCAAGGAGAUCCUGCAAGAGGAGGAGGACCUGGCCGAGAUCGUGCAGCUUGUCGGGAAGGCGUCCCUGGCCGAGACGGAUAAGAUCACCCUGGAGGUGGCCAAGCUGCUCAAAGACGACUUCCUGCAGCAGAACGGCUACACUCCAUAUGACAGGUUCUGCCCCUUCUAUAAGACGGUGGGCAUCCUGUCCAACACCAUCUCAUUCUACGACCUGGCGCGCCACGCCGUGGAGACCACAGCCCAGAGCGACAACAGGAUCACCUGGGCCAUGAUCCGAGAGCACAUGGGAGAGAUCCUGUACCGCCUCAGCGCCAUGAAGUUCAAGGACCCUGUGAAGGACGGGGAGGCCAAGAUCAAGGCGGAGUACGGCCAGCUGCUGGAGGACAUGCAGAACUCCUUCCGCACGCUGGAGGAGUAGG